UGCAGCGGAGACGGCUGAUCCCGGCCCCCAUGCCCGACACUGCUGCCCUGGGCCGCAAGCCCAGCCUCCCCGGGCAGUGGGUGGACCUGCCGCCGCCCCUGGCCGGCUCCCUGAAGGAGCCCUUCGAGAUCAAGGUGUACGAGAUCGAUGACGUGGAGCGCUUGCAGCGACACCGCCCACCCCCAAGGGAGGACCCGGCUGAGCCCUCCCAGGAUGUGGAGAAGGGUCUGGCGUGCACCAGUGCCAAGCUGCGGCUGGCCGAGCGCAGGCAGCAGCGGCUUCGGGAGGUGCAGGCCAAGCACGAGCACCUGUGCGGGGAGUUGGCGGAGACCCAGGGCCGGCUGAUGGUGGAGCCCGGCCGCUGGCUGGAGCAGUUCGAGGUGGACCCGGAGCUGGAGCCCGAGUCGCCUGAGUACUUGGCGGCUCUGGAGCGAGCCACGGCCGCCUUGGAGCAGUGCGUGAACCUGUGCAAGGCCCAUGUCAUGAUGGUCACCUGCUUUGACAUCAGCGUCGCCGUCCCCACCGCCACGUCGGCGCCACAGGAGGUGGACGUCUGAGGCUGGGCGCUGGG